AUGAGUGGUCUCGCCGAUCCUCCCUCCAGGAACACUUUCGCCGGUGCAGAUGCUCCUGGCAAAACACGAAACAUCCCGGUCCUUUCUUCCUCUGCCCAUCAUUCCACCACACCCAUGGAGAUCACACCUCCGUCAUCCGCCGCGCCAGCUAUGAGAGUGCAUAGUAGCCCUGAUGGCGACCGGGGCGCAAUGAAUACCAACGGUUCUGAGGCUGGGAACACGAGUAACCCCCCAAACCCAGCGGUUGGGGCUGCUGCUGCAGCCCAGCAACCUAAAGUGGUACAAACUGCUUUUAUUCAUAAGCUCUACAAUAUGCUCGAAGAUAAUAGCAUCCAACACCUUAUCUCUUGGUCAAACACCAAUGACAGUUUUGUGAUGUCUCCGACUUCAGAAUUCUCCAAAGUUUUAGCCCAGUACUUUAAGCACACUAAUAUCUCAUCCUUUGUUCGACAACUGAAUAUGUAUGGGUUUCACAAAGUGAGCGAUGUAUUUCAUACUGGGUCCCCUGAUUCUGCGUUGUGGGAGUUCAAACAUGGGAAUGGGAAUUUCAAACGAGGCGACCUCGUUGGUCUGCGAGAAAUCAAACGACGACCAUCCCGACAUGCAUUGAUCCAUCGCGACUCGUUCCCUAGUCACAAAGCUGCUGCGUCACAACCAGGAACCCCAGCAGAGCCUGUUUCCGACGCCACUGAAGCUAGGUUGAUGAACCUCGAGCACUCGUUAUAUGAUAUGCACAAUCGGCUAUCCCGGGCUGAAGAAGGAAAUAUGGCCCUCAACUCGAAAUGCCAAAGCAUGGCCGAGGGCUUAGCCAAAUGCUAUCACUGGACUCAUUCUAUCUCUCGCUUCCUCCAAGUUGUGGUUCCUGACAGGGAAAACCCUCUAUACCGUGAAAUCUCAAAUAUGCAAAGAGAAGUUGAGAAGCACCUGGAAACUGUGCGCGCCAUGGAAACUUCCCACGACAGUCUCAUGCCGCCGCGCCAGCAGUAUUUUGGAAAUUUAACCGUCGAAUCUGGACCGCCUCUUUCUCCUCGUCAACUGCCACAGGAUGAUGGCCGGCGUCAAUCCAUGAUUCGGCCACCCGUUCCGCCGCAUCUUGCGGUGUCACCGCGACGAUAUGGUUCAAUUGGUGGCGCCAAUGCUCCGCCUAGUUAUAACCGGCCACAGGCUCCCCAGGUAGCACCCUCACAUCAACCCGGACCAUCACCCUUAUCUAUAUCGACUCCGCCAGGUCCAAACAUGGGUCGUCGCCACACAUUUGCAGAUAUCCGACAACAUGACUGGCCACCGGGAGCAUCUUCUCCCUUUCCGCCAGGGAACACUGGUAGUGGACCUUGGCCCUCAUCUCCAAACCGGGUACCAGGCUCAAGUGAUCAACAAGUCCGCGAUGUUCUUGCUCAAUAUGAAAUGGGGGCGCCUCGUCGACUUCAAGACCAGUCCCGUCAUGCCACACCACCAGGGAAUGCCGAACCAUCACCAUCCUUGCUGAGUGUUGAUAAUGGCUGGACUAUUGCUGGCUCUAGAUUCCCUCGACAAGACUCCUCAUUACCGGCAACUCGUCGCUCCAGCAUGGCAAGUAACGUUCAUUCCCUAUUGAAUCCCGCAGAUACAAUUGAAAGACCCGACGAGGAUCUGCAAAUGGGCGAAGAUCGAAAGCGCAAGCGAUUGGAAUAG